GAAGAAACUCCGCCCUGUUCCGGGUUAAUAAUGGUUACUGGUGUGUGAUUGGCUGAACAGGCUCGUCCUCGCGGUGUGGGCGGAGCUUAUCUGACCUGGAGUUAAUCCGACAGGGAUUGGUUUGAAAUCAACGGAGUGGAGAGAAAAGGGGAGCCGAGAGGAAUGACGGAGUCCACUGUUUUAACUUCAGAAACACGGACACUAGACAACGUUAAUGCACAGAGGAGAAGAAACAGGAUAUUAUAGAGGUUGUUUAACAUGACUCUCUAACUUUAGAGGUGAGUUUUUUGGGGGGGAGACGCAGAGGCUGACGGGGCAGUCCGUCGAGGGCUCAACAUGGAUGUUCGGGGAGCAACGGUGCGGCUCUGAGGAGGAAUUAAGGCUGUUUUCAGGGUAGUCUGCUCGUGGCUUCAACUGACGGAGCUCAGGAGGAUUUCAAAGCAGUAGCCUGUUUGCAAGGUUUAGAAACAUAUCCAGUCUGUGCAUUGUUAAGGCUAUUAACAGUUAGCUGAGAUGUUGAAUGUGUGGAGACGGGACGUGCCACUCUCAGAGAGGCUGGGGGAGGACUCGGUCCUGGCUGCAGCACCCGCCCCCCCGCCAACGGCAGCCCCGACGGGCCCCAACAUGUCGUGGCUCCCAGAAGCCCCGUUGCUGAGCACGGACCAGCCGAUCUUCCUCAUGACUCCUGCGGCGCAGGCCGUGUCCGGCUUCUUCGUCUGGACCGCACUCAUCCUCACCUGUCACCAGAUCUACAUGCACCUACGUUUCUACAGCUCACCGAGGGAGCAGCGCCACAUCGUGCGGAUCCUCUUCAUCGUCCCCAUCUACGCCUUCGACUCCUGGCUCAGCCUCCUCUUCUUCACCAACGACCAGUACUACGUGUACUUUGACACCGUCCGGGACUGCUAUGAGGCUUUUGUGAUUUACAACUUCCUGAGUCUGUGCUAUGAAUACCUGGGAGGAGAGAGCGCCAUCAUGGCCGAGAUCAGAGGGAAACCCAUCGAGUCCAGCUGCAUGUACGGCACCUGCUGUCUGAGGGGAAAGGCCUACUCCAUCGGCUUCCUGCGCUUCUGUAAGCAGGCCACGCUGCAGUUCUGCGUGGUCAAACCGCUCAUGGCCGCCGUCACCGUCAUCCUGCAGGCCUACGGCAAAUACAAGGACGGAGACUUCAACGUUGCGGGCGGCUACCUGUACGUGACCAUCGUCUACAACGUCUCCGUUAGCUUGUCUCUGUACGCCCUCUUCCUCUUUUACUUCUCCACCAAAGAGCUGCUCAGCCCGUACAGCCCCAUGCUCAAGUUCCUCAUGGUCAAGUCCGUCAUCUUCCUCUCCUUCUGGCAGGGCAUGUUGCUGGCCAUCCUGGAGAAGUGUGGGGCCAUCCCCCAGAUCAACUCGGUGGAGGUGUCUGUGGGCGAGGGGACGGUUGCCGCCGGCUAUCAGAACUUCAUCAUUUGCAUUGAGAUGUUUUUCGCAGCGCUGGCUCUGCGCCACGCUUUCACGUACAAAGUCUACAUGGACAAGAGUCUCGAUUCACAAGGACCCGUUCCUACAUACGGAGAGUUUGGCCGCUGUGCCCCCAUGAAGAGCAUCUCCAGCAGCCUGAAGGAGACCAUGAACCCAGGCGACAUGGUGCAGGACGCCAUCCACAACUUCUCCCCGGCCUACCAGCAGUACACCCAGCAGUCCACACUGGAGCAGGGGGCGCCGCCGCCCGUCUCCCGCACACACAGCGCUGUCGGCGGCCACGGGGACACGGAGAAGACCCUCCUGCUGAGCUCCGACGACGAAUUCUAGAGCAGAACCAAAUGUUUUUAUGGCAGAUGGUACUUAACCCUUCCCGUGCAGCCGGCCCGCUCGGACGUGUGAGUGAUGAGAAAGGUGUGUGUUUGACAUUUUUCUGUUUCUGAGACUGAUUGCGGAUGCGAGGACCUUCCUGCAUAAACAUUCAUGUAGCCACAUUUCUAGAGCGUCUUGGUGGAAACACUUUAAGCCGAUUUUGGUGUUAACACAAACCUUUUUCAUUUCCUGGCCAACUAUUUUAAGUUUGGAAAGUUUGUGAGUCACAGUCUUACACACUGAGUCAUACUUGACUUUAGGAAUGAAAGUUUUCUGGCUCGGAUGAUUUCACAUUUCAGCUCAGUCUUGUAGCAAUGUAGUCGUCCUCAUGGAUUUAAAUGUUUUUAUUUUUCUGGAUCUGUAUUGCAUUUUGAAGGCCCUGUUUUUUUCACAUUGUCAUCGGCUGUUUAUCAAGCCAUGAACAUCCUUAAAGUUCAAGAAGAAUAUUUACUCAGCGUAUGGAAGUAGAAAAUAUCAUUAAAGUUUUAGUUUUAUGAACUUUAAACUUGAUAUUAAUUUGCAACAAUUUAACAAAUUAGUUGAUUUGCAAAUGCAUUAAUGUGCUUCAAACAGAAGCUGUUGUAAGUAUCGUAGCAGUCUUGUGGUUCAGUCAUUAAACAAUAUAACGGGGAACAUAUGUCUAGAUAAAGUGUAAGAGAGCUGGCGGUACCCUGGUGCAUUGUGGGAUUUUAAGGGACGUCCUUGACUGUAUUGCGGGGAUGGAUUUAAAGGGAAACGUAGUCAAAAACAUGAGUUUAUGUCAGUUGUAUGGAUGAACGUGGUGAUUGAUAUUAGUGGGAGCAGAUUAUAGAUUAUACAGUACGUCUGCUGCAGGACUGAAGGAUUACAGUCCACUGGUGUGAUUUCAGUGGCUGGGAUUAAAGCCGGUGCCUGUUCACUCAGGGAGAGGACCGCUGCAGACCACAAUGUAGGUUAACUGGAUUGAGGGAUAAACACGAGAGGAAUAUAGGUUAAAAAUAACUUGAGAUGCUUGUUCUCUGUAGAGGAGCGCUGUCAUAGGAAUUAAACCUUUUUUCAUAUACGUACAUGAUUCCAAAUAUUUAAAUCAAACUGAAAUUAAAAUGUUCUCACUUUAGUGUGAAAGGGAUUAAUAGAGCUAUUGUACAUCAUUUUCUGUUAUUCAAAAGAUAACUCAUUUUUGGACAUUUGAGCAGACGACCAGGAACCAAUCGGAUUACCAGCAGUGAUAUCAUCAGUCGCUACCCAAACUUUAAAAUUCAUGCCCCCUGGAGAUCUCAACAUUUUUCCUUUGAAAACUAGAUGAUUGAUCAAUUAAGUACUUGUGUUAAAAAACACACAAAAAACACACACACACGUUUAUUUCUUAGCAAAAAUGUAUUUCUGUUUGACUCAUUCUGACUGUUUUUUGAGUAGUUUAAUGUCGAGAUGAUGUCUUUUCAAAUAUCUACCCAUUUCACCACAGAGUGUUCCUGAUUGGCUCCAAAUACUUAAGCCAGACUAACAUCCAUCCAGAUCGAGGGAGUUUUCUGCAGUGUAGUGACCGCUGUGUCAGACAGUCAGGUUUCAGUGUUGUAUGCGUUUUGCUUGUAAGGACUUAAGUUUUUAGCUUAAAAUAUAUUUUCUGCACAUUUUACAGUUCUUAUCCUGAGUUAUGGUCAAUUUGAAAGAAAAGAAAACUGCAUAUUAGCACAGUAAUAUGGGAAGAUAUAUACCAUGUUUAUCACAUUUUCAUCUUAUGCAUUUACAAUAUAAUCAAUAUUCUCUGUUAACAAAAUACCAUUUGUUUGACUUUGAUGCUCUUCCAGUCUUUUCUUGUAACUUUUAACUUCCCCGCAGGCAGAGCUGGUUAUUUUUAUUUUCUUCUUACACAAAAUUGAAGUCCUCGAGUCCUCUGAAUGAGUCACACGGAGCGUGCCGCCGUGUUUACUGUACCCACUGUCACCGCUCUGCUGUAGCUCGGCAUGAACACCAGGGGGCCGCGUAGAAAAGACACGGUCGCUCUUAUCUGCGAGCAGACAGCCAGUUAUCUCGCACGUUAAGCUUGACGCACAUGUAACUGCUUUGUCUAAGCACCAGUCUGUCACUUCUUUUAAUCCUCUCACCAGAGGAGAGAAGCCAGCCUCAGACAGUGGUCGUGGGUCUUUUUUCAUUUUAAAUUGUUCUGCUUCUGCCUGACAUCAUAUUGGAAUAGGACAGAAGCCACAUCUGUGCACAGGAGCAGCGUGCUAUUUUUAGACGGCGCUUAGUGUUGUCUGGAUAAUUAGGCUGCUACAUUUUGACAUGGAUACACUGACUGAGCGUCAUCCAGCUUCAGAUGAUCCGGUGUUUCUUUUACAAACUAAUUUGGACACUUUGAGUGCAUUAAUUCAUCCUCUUUCUCUGCUUGUUAAGAUGUCCUGAUGUUUAUGAAUCUAGCUGAAGAAAUGCUGCAGAUUAAUGUUGUAAAUAGCUUUAAGUGGCGUCUUCAGGAGGGACAGUGUGUUGAAAUAGUCAUACAUGCUCCGCAGCUGGAGCGAGAAGAAAAAAAUACCUAGUUUUGUAUUUUUACUACGUGUCUUUUUUAUUAUUUUGAUGACUUUUGGUUUCUAGUUUGUAUAUGAUGAAGCUGCUCAUGACGCUAUUAUUUCAUGUCUAAUGGAGAAGAUAUAAUAAAAGAUAUUUAGUCUGGUAUGUAAGAUAACUGCUUGUUUGGUUUUUUUGUGGCCUCAGUAGGUAAACUGUUUAAAGAUCCUCCUACACGGAUACACUCUGCUUCAAAUAACUUGUCUGAAAGUAUUCUUCCAUUAAAACAAGUCAAAUACUAAUAACUGGUUAACAUUUCUAAAAAUUGCAUUUGCUUCUUCUCCCUCAUUGAAAAAUCCAGAAUAUGAUUGUGUUUAGAUUAGUUUAACCACUGAAAUUCACUUUUUCAGUAUGUGUCACUGGGUCGGACUAAAUAAGGAUGGUUCACAGCCUAAAGAUUUAAUUUCUACAUAACAAAACUCU